AUGACCAUAAUCCUUCAGGAUGUGGGGCUAAUAACCAGGUUGCCGGUUAAUGGUGCAGCUUUUACAGGCCGAUCACGCCACCAUUGGCCAUCAGUUUGUAAGGCAUUAUUAGGUGUCGUUCCACCUAAUAAUGCCAUAAGAGGGUGUUAUCUAAAAAUCAUCUGGCUAGCUGAGGAGUUUAGUCAACUUCCAGAUGAUGCUGAUGAGGAAGUUGUACAUAGGUUCGCAAAAGCAUAUAUUAUGAGGGUCAUUGGAUCUAUUUUUAGUGAUAUAUCUGCUUUGCGUGUGAACCUAAUAUUUUUACCUUUGCUAGCCGAUCUUGAAGAGGCCGGCAAUUAUAGCUGGGGUGGUGCAUGUCCGGCAUGGUUGUAUAGACAGUUAUGUAAGGCGACAAAUUCUGAAGUUAUGCAGAUGGCUGAUCCAUUAUUCAUACUUCAGCUAUGGGCAUGGGAUCGAAUCACAGCAGUAUCACUGAUACUAUCUAACAGAGUACCACAUCAUGACGCUCCACUAGGCAGUAGGUAUGUGAUAUUAUGGAACAAUGGAACAAUGGACUCUGGACGUGUAAUACCCGGCUAG